AUGCGCCAUGAUACAACGCUACUGGCCUCCUCUGCCGGUGGCAUCCUAGAGAACGAGAAUUGUCACUUUGCCACUGCGACCACGGAAACCAGCAUGACGACAGCUAAGCUGCAACCCGCCGCUUUCGCCUCUUUGCUCAGUAGUUGGAUGCAACAUCCCCGAACGUGCGCUCGCUUUGCCCUCCCUCCUCUUCGGAAUUUGAAUACCAAGCCUCGACUGCAGAUUUUACGGCACCCCCACGCCACAGCCAUGACAUAUGCCUAUACUGAUGGUUCUUCGACUCUGUCUUCCUCCAUUUACCUCGGUUCCAACGCAGCUGAAAAUCUAUCACUCACACCCUUUCAGGUUCCCUUGGCCACUUUGUCCGGACGGCAGGGAACGUCUCUUUUUGCAACUUAUUUGCAAAAUGUUAAAGCACCUCCCGAGACCAGUCUUUCGACCAGCGGCUAG